AUUCCAAACCAAACAAACCUUUCUCUAGCUAGCUCCCUCCAAGUCCAACAAUGUUUGGCAGUUUGGCAUGACAAGACAUUCAGAUUCUGUCAUUUGCCAAUCCUCCCUAAACAUUGAAAUUGCAUCCUCAACCUUAUUAUCUUCCCUCACUCCAUCUUAAAACAAACAUUAAAAACCUUUACCUUUUCAUCUCCAUUCAAUUACAAGUAACAACCUUUCGGCUUCUCAAAUUCCCUCUUUUCCCCUUCUUUCUCCCUUUUAUCAAUCAUACACAUACAUACAUACAUUCUUUUGUUGAUGAGUGCAAGAAAGGAAUAUUAUUAAUAUUGACACAAUUAAUUAAUUACAAACAAUGUCAUCUAGAAAAGGACGCAUAUUUUUAGACGAAGGUAGCGUCCACGGAAGAAGGUUCGGCAAGUUAAAAAAGGACGGCGGCCCGGCCGACGAAUUCGACGGUUACAACUCCGACAACCACCCAAGAAAAAACAGCCCCGUCAGAAUCGACGCACCGCAUUUGGAUCCUCAAAUGGUUGCAGACAAUUCCCCUUACGAUACAGCCCUCUCCCCAUUAUCCAAAUCUCCAUGGUCCUCUCACAUGAACGAGGAAAGCUCCACCUCCAACAACAACGAAGCCCUGGUGGGGUCCCUCAUCCGUGAAGAAGGCCAUGUAUACUCCCUCGCCGCCACGAAGGACCUUCUUUACACCGGCUCCGACAGCAAGAACAUUCGUGUCUGGAAGAAUCAGAAGGAGUUCGCGGGGUUUAAAUCCAACAGUGGCUUGGUGAAAGCCAUUGUCAUUGCAGGAGAGAAGAUUUUGACAGGACACCAAGAUGGAAGAAUCCGAGUCUGGAAAGUCUCUGGAAAAAACGAGCAGAAUCACAAGCGUGUUGCCACAUUGCCAACGCUGAGAAACUUCAUCAAAUGCUCAAUGAAACCAAGCAAUUACGUUGAGGUGAGAAGGCAUCGCAAUGUGCUUUGGAUCAAGCACUACGAUGCGAUUUCAUGUCUUAGUUUAACAGAGGAUCAUUCUCUGAUUUACUCUGCUUCGUGGGAUAAGACAUUCAAGGUGUGGCGAGCUUCGAAUUUCAAGUGUUUGGAAUCUGUAACUGCUCAUGAUGAUGCGGUUAACGCGUUGGUGGUGGCGUCCGACGGGCUGGUUUUCACCGGGUCGGCGGACGGCUCGGUGAAGAUAUGGCGGCGGGAGGUGCAGGGGAAGGGGACAAAGCAUUUCUUCUCACAGACGCUGUUGAAGCAAGAGUGCGCGGUGACAGCGUUGGCUAUAAACAGCGACGGGGACGUUUUGUAUUGUGGAUCCUCCGACGGGCUGUUGAAUUUCUGGGUGAAGGAGACGAGUUACGAGCACGGCGGGGUGUUGAGGGGGCACAAGCUGGCGGUUUUGUGUCUUGCGACGGCGGGGAGUUUGGUGUUCAGCGGUUCUGCUGACAUGGCUAUCUGCGUGUGGAAGAGGUCGGCGUUGAGCAACGAGCAUGCGUGUAUCACGGUGCUGUCGGGGCAUAGUGGGCCGGUGAAGUGUCUGGCGGCGGAGAAGGAUCCGGAGGCGAUGUGUAAUGAGCGACGGUGGAUAUUGUAUAGUGGGAGUUUGGACAAGUCGGUGAAGGUGUGGAAGGUGUCGGAGAGUUUGCCACCUGGGCAGCAACCGCCGCAGCACAACUACCAGCCACGGCUGAGUGCUGAGUUCCCAAGAGUUUCUUCGUUGAAGAAAAUGGGGUCGAGAAGAUUGUAACACUUAACACACAGGGGUUGGUGCUUUUGAUUGCUUCGUUUUGCUUCCAAUUGUACAUACUGCAGGGGACAACAAGACAAGACAAUAUAAACUGCUGUGCUGCUUCCUGAAAUUAAUGUUCGAAUUGCUGCAAGUGUGCCUAACAUGUUGAUUGAAUAUUGGUUAAAUUUUGUGCAUGUGGUGCAGAGGAACGUCCUGAAUGAUAUCUAACUAUUUGUAUAUGUUUUGGAUUUGGACCGGGAUUGUGAAUUAUGACAUUAUUCUCUCAGUUUCACUUGUUUCUGUUUACUUUAUGAUAUGGUGAUGAUCUAAUGAAAGGUUGAAGGGUUUGCGUGUGAGGAAAGGUGUGAUUUUGUGUAAAGAAACUUGGGCAAGAAUCUAUAUCUCAAUUCAAUAUAAUCAUUCAAUUUGAUACACACC